ACAUCGAUUCAUCGCUGCCCAGCAGCUCACAUCUUUGACGCGACCAGCUGCAAAUCGUGAAUUAAAAAUCAAAAUAGAUUAAAAUGGUCGGUUGGAGCCGUUUGCUGACGCCGGCGGCCAAGUUCGCGAACUUCCGGGCUGUCCUGCAGACUCCCGCCUGCCGGAAUGCCCUGCAACAACAGCUGCGCAGGAUGGGCGGCGAUCAUGGACACCACCACAUGACCAUCAAGCCGUCGCGCUUCCAGUGGGACAAGUUCAAGGAUCUGAUGCACUUUUACGUAAUGCUCGGCCUGAUCCCGGUCACUGGACUGGUUCUCUACGCAAACAUCUUCGUGGGCCCGGCGCAGCUGGCCGAGAUCCCAGAGGGCUAUGAGCCCAAACACUGGGAGUACGAGAAGCACCCUAUCUCCCGUUUCAUUUCCCGCUACUUGUUGAACUCGGAGCAGCAAAACUACGAGAAAUCCCUGCACUACCUGUUCGAGGAGAACGAGAAGGCGCAGAUCCGCCUUCUGGAGGAUCAGGUGCGUCGCAAGAUGUCCGAGCGCAACGAUUACCAGGCCUACUACUACCGACCCUCGGUGGCCAAGUACCACAGGGUAUCCAAAGAGGCUGCCGACGAGCUGGAGGCUCUGCGUGGAGACUAAACCCCUUGUAAUAUUCAUUUAAAUACAAUUGUUAGGCCCCCGUUUUGGGGAAAAUAAAGUGUGAAAUCGA